AUGAUGAGAUUCGACAAGGUUCCUGUUCCUGUACUGUUAGGGUUAGCUCUGGUUCUAACUGUGUUGGGAGCUCUGACCAAAGCCGAAGCACCUGUGUGCGGUCCAGGUGUGCCUGAAAUAGCAUUUAGCAAAGCAAAUUUCCCUAAAGACUUCAUUUGGGGAACCGCAACCGCAGCGUUUCAGGUUGAAGGAGCUGUUAAUGAAGGUUGUAGAGGUCCAAGCAUGUGGGAUACUUUCACUAAGAAAUACCCACAUAGAUGUCAAAAUCAUAACGCUGAUGUUGCUGUGGAUUUCUACCAUCGCUACAAGGAAGAUAUCCAGUUGAUGAAAGAUAUUAACAGUAAUGGUUUUAGACUUUCUAUAUCGUGGCCCAGAAUAUUCCCCCAUGGAAGGAUGUCUAAGGGAAUAAGCAAACAAGGAGUCCAAUUCUACCACGACCUCAUCGAUGAGCUUCUCAAGAACAAUAUAAUACCACUAGUAACAGUCUUUCACUGGGAUACUCCUCAAGACUUGGAAGAUGAAUAUGGUGGUUUCUUAAGUGGUCGCAUUGUGCAAGAUUUUACGGAAUUUGCGAAUUUCACAUUCCACGAAUACGGGCACAAAGUGAAACAUUGGAUCACGUUCAACGAGCCGUGGGUGUUUAGUCGUGCCGGUUACGACGUCGGGAAAAAAGCCCCGGGACGUUGUUCAUCGUACAUCCCCGGUUAUGGACAGCACUGUGAAGAUGGACGGUCAGGAUUCGAAGCUUAUCAAGUCAGUCACAACUUGCUCUUGUCUCAUGCUUACUCCGUUGAUGCCUUCCGCAAAUGCAAACAGUGUGCUGGAGGUAAAAUUGGAAUUGCACAUAGUCCAGCUUGGUUCGAACCACGUGACCUUGAGGCUUCUGGAGGUUCCAUUGACCGUGUGCUUGAUUUCAUCUUGGGAUGGCAUUUGGCUCCAACAACUUAUGGAGAUUAUCCACAAUCGAUGAAAGAUCGUGUAGGUUAUAGACUACCAAAAUUCACAGAAGCUGAGAAGAAGCUACUCAAGGGUUCUACAGAUUACGUUGGAAUGAACUAUUAUACUUCAAUGUUUGCGGUUGAGAUUAAACAUGAUUUUAAGAACCCUAGUUGGACUACUGAUUCUCUUGUUGAUUGGGAUAGCAAGACUGUGGAUGGAACCAAAAUUGGUAGCAAGCCAUUUGGUGGUAAGCUGGAUGUGUAUUCAAAAGGUUUGAGAUCCCUUUUGAAGUAUAUUAAGGACAAUUAUGGCGAUCCAGAGAUUUUGAUCGCUGAGAAUGGAUACGGAGAUGACCUUGGAGAUAAGCAUGAUGACGUAGAGUUUGGGACACAAGACCAUAACAGGAAAUAUUAUCUCCAAAGGCAUCUCUUCAGUAUGAACCAAGCCAUUUGCGAGGACAAAGUGAAUGUUAUUGGAUAUUUCGUGUGGUCGUUGAUGGACAACUUUGAGUGGCAAGAUGGGUACACCGCGAGGUUCGGGCUUUACUACAUCGAUUACAAGAACAAUCUGACCCGUCACCAAAAAGUUUCGGGCAAGUGGUAUUCCGAUUUCCUCAAGCCGGAAUUCCCGACUUCAAAGCUCAGGGAAGAACUUUAGAGACAAGAAUCCAAACCGUGGGAUCCUUUUAUCAGGACAAAAUAAUUGAGUGCAAGGAGUCUUUUAAAAAUGUUCUUGAUGGAUCAUAUCGGUUUGUGUGUAAUUUUAUGGACCUUGUUUUAUCGUUUCUAUCUUCCUAUGCUAAGCAAGGCUUGUGGCUUGUUCAAGUUUUCAUCGUACUAAUAAUAAUGUUGUUUACA